ACUUACGAGCUUCAAACAAACACCCAUCUUCAAUUCCUCUCUUCUUCCAUCCCACAUUUGCUUCAACUAAAAUGUCUUCUGGGUUUCCUACUUGGAUCGCCGCGGCGGCGGUGGCGGUGUCAAUGGCGAUGAUAGUUGGGCCGGUAGCGGCGCAGCCCCAAGUCCCGUGUUACUUUAUCUUCGGCGAUUCAUUGGUAGACAAUGGCAACAAUAACGACAUUCAGUCCCUCGCCCGGGCCAACUACUUACCUUACGGCAUCGAUUUCCCCCGCGGUCCAACCGGCCGAUUCUCCAACGGCAAGACCACCGUUGACGUCAUCGCGGAACUCCUCGGCUUAAACCACAUUCCGCCUUACAACCAAGUCCGCGGCCGGCAGAUACUCGGCGGGGUGAACUACGCGUCAGCAGCCGCCGGAAUCCGGCCUGAAACAGGGCGACAAUUGGGGGCAAGAAUUGAUUUCGCGGGACAAGUGAACAACUACAAGAACACGGUGGCGCAAGUCGUUAACAUACUCGGCGACGAGGCCGCGGCCUCCGACUACCUCAGCCAGUGCAUAUACUCUGUCGGAAUGGGCAGCAACGACUACCUCAACAACUACUUCAUGCCGCUUAUAUACCCGACGAGCCGACAGUACAACCCUGAACAGUACGCUAAUGUCCUAAUCCAGCAGUACACCGAGCAGCUGAGGGCAUUGUACAGCUACGGAGCUCGGAAGUUCGCCUUGAUUGGAAUCGGGCAGAUCGGUUGCAGCCCGAACGCGUUGGCGCAGAGCAGCCCCGACGGGAGGACGUGCGUGGAGAGGAUCAAUUCGGCGAAUCAGAUAUUCAACAACAAGCUCAGGGGAUUAGUUGAUACGUUCAACCGGAACACGCCGGAUGCGAAGUUCAUCUACAUUAAUGCAUAUGGGAUUUUCCAGGAUAUGAUCAGCACUCCCGCCUCUUAUGGCUUUAGAGUGACGAAUGCUGGGUGCUGCGGCGUGGGGAGGAACAGAGGGCAAAUAACAUGUCUGCCUCUGCAGCCGCCGUGCCGGAACAGGAAUGAGUAUUUGUUUUGGGAUGCAUUCCAUCCGACGGAAGCUGCGAAUGCUGUGGUCGGGAGGCGAUCAUAUAGCGCGCAGAAGGGAUCGGACGCGUACCCCUACGAUAUUCGCCGUCUGGCUCAGGCCUAAAUGUCGCGGAGGAUCUUCGAUAGGGAGGAAACAUAUAUAACAGCCAACAUAUCUAUAUAUAUAUAUAUAUAUAUAUCGAGGAAACAAUGUUAUGGUUUUUGAGUUGAAAUUAUACUCUUGAUGUAAUAUUUAAAUUUUCACAUGUAAGAAAUGGAGUCAUUGACAAGUAAUGAUCCAUAGUUUUUACUUAAUUAAGAAUGUAAUGAGUAGAGAAGACGAAAUUGUAUCUGAA